CUUCACACUGAGAAAUCAAAAAAACAAAACAAAGUCACACCCUUUCGGAGAUCUCAAAGGGUUUUAUUACCCCUUCGAUGUUUCCUAGGUUUAUCUUAAUCUCUCUUUGUUAGUGUUGUUUUUCCCCCCUUUCGACAGCUUCAAAUUCCAUCACCCUUUUUUUUUCUCUUUUUAACAUAAAUUUCCCAUUAUUUUCUUUAAUCCCAAACAAAUAGAGAGAUUAUACAGUAAAGGGUUUUUGUUUUUGUAAUUAGAGAUGUCAACUUUUUCUUCAAUGCAUUCUCCUUCAUAUUCACAUUCAUUCAUUUGUUCUUCAUCAAUAAAUGAAAAGAAAAAUCAACGGUUUGUUUUCUCUUCUUUUCCGAGAUUUUCUGUUCCGGCUAAUGCUAAGGUGUUUCUUCAAUGUCAAGCAAAUUCGCAUCAAAAUGCUGUCCUCAUGCAAGAUGGUGCAGUGGCGACAAAAGUGUCACCGGUGGAAAAGGAAACUCCUAUUGAGAAAUUGAAAAGUGAGUUGUUGUCAGUUACAUCUUCAAAUGAAUGGGAUGAAAAGGCCGGUUUUGAUAUCAAUGAAAAUGAGUCAACCGUCAGUAUCACGGUGGUCGGAGCUUCUGGGGAUCUUGCGAAAAAGAAGAUAUUCCCCGCACUUUUUGCACUUUAUUACGAAGGCUGUCUUCCUAAGCACUUUACUGUCUAUGGUUAUGCGAGGAGUAAGAUGACUGAUGCGGAACUAAGGAAUAUGGUGAGCAAGACCCUUACCUGUAGAAUCGAUAAAAGGGAGAAUUGUGGUGAAAAGAUGGAAGAAUUUCUUAAAAGAUGUUUCUACCACUCUGGUCAGUAUGAUUCUGAGGAAAAUUUUGCUCAGUUGGACAAGAAGCUCAAGGAGCAUGAGGGUGGGAAGGUUUCUAAUCGCCUCUUUUAUCUAUCUAUCCCUCCAAAUAUUUUUAUUGACGCUGUAAAAUGUGCAAGCUCGUCAGCUUCAUCGGGUAAUGGUUGGACCAGGGUCAUUGUUGAGAAACCUUUCGGUCGAGAUUCGGAUUCAUCUGCUGCACUGACAAAAGCGCUAAAGCAGUACCUAACCGAGGAUCAAAUUUUCAGGAUAGACCACUAUCUAGGAAAGGAACUUGUGGAAAAUCUUUCUGUUCUGCGGUUCUCCAAUCUUAUAUUCGAACCAUUGUGGUCGAGGCAAUAUAUUAGAAAUGUACAAUUGAUAUUUUCUGAAGAUUUUGGAACCGAAGGACGUGGGGGGUAUUUUGACCAUUACGGUAUAAUUAGAGAUAUAAUGCAGAAUCAUCUACUUCAAAUACUUGCUCUCUUUGCUAUGGAAACCCCCGUAAGUUUGGAUGCCGAGGAUAUAAGAAACGAAAAGGUUAAGGUCUUGCGGUCAAUGAGACCGUUGCAACUUGAAGACGUAGUUAUUGGACAGUACAAGAGCCACAGUAAAGGAGGAGUUACUUACCCUGCCUACACGGAUGACAAGACCGUGCCCAAAGAUAGCUUGACCCCAACUUUUGCAGCCGCCGCCUUGUUCAUAGACAAUGCACGGUGGGAUGGGGUGCCUUUUCUUAUGAAAGCCGGAAAAGCAUUACAUAAUAAGAGGGCGGAGAUAAGGGUACAGUUCAGGCACGUGCCUGGCAAUUUAUAUAACCGAAAUUUUGGAACUGAUCUUGAUCAAGCUACGAAUGAGCUCGUCAUUAGAGUGCAGCCAGAUGAAGCUAUUUAUUUGAAGAUCAAUAACAAGGUCCCUGGACUCGGGAUGAGAUUGGACUGCAGUAACCUAAACCUUCAUUAUGCUGCCAGAUAUUCGAAAGAGAUUCCGGAUGCGUACGAGAGGCUUCUGCUGGAUGCAAUUGAAGGUGAGAGAAGAUUGUUUAUCCGGAGUGACGAGCUCGAUGCAGCCUGGUCACUCUUCACUCCCGUUUUGGCAGAGCUGGAAGAGCAAAAAAUAAUGCCCGAAUACUACCCUUAUGGAAGCCGUGGCCCUGUCGGGGCUCAUUAUCUUGCGGCCAGAUACAAUGUUCGGUGGGGUGAUCUUGGCUUAGACCAAUCGGCCUAAGACUACACUUUGACAUUGCUGUCAUCGUCAAUAUAGAUUUACCGACACGGAAAGCUUUGCUACAGAUCUUUGUAAGAAGGGCUGGAAAAAUUUUUAAUCUUUACAAAGGUUUGCUUAAGAAAAUUUAGGUUUUGUUUAUCAACAUGGUGGCCUAAUUUGGUAAGAGCAUGCACUUUGUGUAGAAACAAAUUUAAUGAACAAAAGAAGAGCUGGAUUUGCCUUUGCUCCUCA